UUACUGCAGUGGAUGUGCUUUGACAUAUUUUCAAACAUAGAUUUUAAAGUUUAAACCAUCAGCUCUGAAAGGUCAUAAACCACUAACCAUGUCAAUGGUAAAGGUUGUGUAAAAUUGAACUUAAUCUGACCCAAAUGCCAACACACAUUUUGUUUCAGGUUCAGGUAUCACAAUCUUUUUUAAUUCUCUCAAUAACCAUAAUCAGUUAUAUUUUUGCAAUCCUUGAGAAAUGCGCUUAAAUAAUUCCUGUAAAUGUUUACUUGGGAGUUUAAAUAGCCAACUAAAACUUAAAGAAGACAUUGUGCUUGUGUCUGCUAUAUAGUUAUAAUCUGUGACGCCCAUGGAUCAUUAUGUUACAUGUUGGACAAUCACAAUAUUAAUCUAAAAUGACUUAAUAAAAGAAACAAGUUAGCUGACUUCUGCGUUACAAAGCUGUGUUGCCCAGUGGGAGCCAACGUUGCCAUAAACAUCAUCACAACAAAGAGUUGGCUUCUCCGAUGGAUAGCUGCAGAUCACGCUAGCCAGCAUUUUUGACCAAAAUGAUUAUGCACUGCUGCCGAAUACUACAUGCAUCACGAUUAAGAAAAUAAAUUUGGAGAACAAAUUAUAUACAGAGAUGGAUACUGGUGGAGUGAAAAUAUAAUCUGGUAGAUAAUAUCGCCCACCUAUACUGAUAAUAACUAACAAAACAAAUGUAUAGUCUGCAAAUAAAACUUAACUACAUAACAUAAUUUUGACCUUGUAUUUAAGUAUUAAUCUACCUUGUCAUCUAAUGUAACAAAAUGAGUGCUGUAUUUGAAUAUAUUUGGAUGGAAAACUGAAAGCUAUCUGGCCUUAUUGAAGGGAGGGAGGAUGAGGGGGAAGUGGAGAUGCAUUUCCCAUAAGUCAUGUUGGCCACUCCUCCCUAACUGGCUGAAUGCCAGCAUCAAACACACACACACACAGCAGUAUCUAACCACUGAGCCAGGAAGUUAUACCGCAGAGAAACAGGUCGAGGAAAACAGCACAACACCUUUGAAUCAAAUGUAGACUUCAGAUUUUAAAGACAACACUCAGAGAUACUGGAUGGACAUGAAAAAACAGCAUGCAUAGCCUAUGUGGUCCAAUAAAUGAAAUGGCGGUGAGGCAGAGGAUUUUCAACUCCACGUCCCCCUUUUCUGGGACGUCCCAGGUGGAGCUGAAGGGGUCAUUUCCAGUCUGUACAGCUUCAGAGCAGGAUACAGAAGACGAGGAUGAAGAUGGAAACAACAACAAAAUGAACCUGAUCAAAUACAACCCUUUACUGAGAAGACUGUGGACGUAUGGGACCGCCGAGCAGAUAGGAGAGGGGCCACUGAAGACCUCCAGCUUCAUCGCUCAGGCUGAAUGUGAAACCCAGGACUCUCAAGAAUUCAGUCCAUCCUAUUCAAAAUGCUAUGUUCCAUCUCCAAACUGCUUCUCCAACAGCCAUUCUUCUGAGCCAAACAAUGUAGCCUCUCCAGCUCCUGCGUCCAUCCAGGAUCUGAGCAGGUCCCCAGCUCAAAGCAACAGCAGAAAGAAAGCACGCAAGAAGCAGAAGCGCAAAGGCAAGAAAAAAACAGAGAAGAAGAGAGAAGAGAGACAUCGACAGCGGGUGCCCUCUGGGGUCCCUGAACAAGAGAGUGGGAGCUCUCUGCCGUGGAUGCAGGAAGAUUCCUUCUCUGGCUGCAGCAGUGGUCUGAGCAGUUCUUGUUGUAGCAGUGUUGAGUGCUCGGAGGUACAGAGCCCACGUUCUUUUUACAGUAAACCUGUGUACAACAUUAGCUCUGCUGUUCCCUGGACUGGAUUCGUGGGGUCUUAUAGACAGGAGAGUGACUCAGACUCCUCCAGCAGCAUUGGAGACUGCUCAUUAGCUUUAGCAGGUCUCAGGGGCAACGUUUCCCAAGGAGACCCAUGUUUCGCUGGACCAUUCUUUAAAGAGUUAGAGCAGGAUGUAAGAGAACAAGAAGAAGAGUGCACAUUUUACUCAGAUACAAAUGAGGGAAUAAUAUUUUACAAAGAGGAAAUACAGACAGUAGAUUCUGAAUACAGAGAGGGGAGAGAGUACAUCUUCACAGACUUCAUCAAAGAAGGCUCCUAUGGGGAGGUUCAUACGGCAAAAGAUGUGAACACAGGUUUCACGUUUGCAGCCAAAAAGAUUGCUCUGAAGAGGUUCAACAGUGAGGAGGUGGGUGCGUGGAGUGCCCUCAAAUCCUCUCGUGUUGUGGAGCUGUUUGGAGUGGUCAGAGAAGGGCCCAAUGUUGUCCUUUUCAUGGACCAUAAAGCUGGCUCUUUGGGGCAGCUGAUAUCAGAGAGGGGACGGCUCCCUGAGGAUCUAAGUCUCCAUUACCAGUGUCAAGUCUUCUGUGGUUUAGAGUAUUUAGUGAAGAAAAGAGUAGCCCAUCUGGACAUAAAAGCUGAUAAUGUGUUACUAUCAGUUGAUGGUCGAGACACUUUUCUUUGCGAUUUUGGACACGCAGAAAGACUUGAUAAACAAGGACACAGCCUCAGUAGAUCCAGAGAAUUGAAAGGUACAGAAACGCACAUGGCCCCUGAAAUGGUGAAAGGUGAACUCCGUGGAGCUAAAGCAGAUGUGUGGAGCAGCUGCUGUAUGUUUCUUCACAUGCUCAAUGGGUGCCAACCUUGGACUCGGUACUACAACUGUAGACUGUACCUCAAGAUUGCAAACGAGCCCCCACCUUUGAGAGAGAUCCCGUCAGACUGCAGCCCUCUCACCACUGACGUGUUCAAAGCCGGUCUACACAAGGACCCAGUGAAAAGAGCAUCAGCGUCUGAACUGAAAAUAAAAACAGCCAGAGCUUUACAAGAAGUGGGAGGACUCACCAGCUCCGUCAAGGGACCGUACAUUGAACCAUUGUACAAUGUCAACAAACCACCGGACAACUAUUUAAGCAACAGUGUUCAGGAAACAGAGGAACUCCCAAAACUUGAUAAAGUGUGGAGUGUGGAUAAACCAAAGAGAGGAAUUGGUGAUGACAAUCUCAAGUCUCAUCAGUUAGACCUGGACUCAGAACCAUGUGUUCAAGUCCCCUUAAUUGAAAACAUUCAGAAAGAAAGAAACAAGACCACCACUGUGCCAGAGCUAGAGCUACGUAAACUGGAAAGAGAUUUCUACUUGAGCAGCCUAUCACAACUCCAUUCAGCAGAGAUGCAGGAACAGUUAUUGUCUUGUAUCAGCAGCGACUACUCCAAUAGAGACCAGUGGGAGAAAAAGGACUCUGGUCGCUGGUCCCUCAGUCCAGGAGAUGACUUCAGCUCCGGUGUUUUCUCCUGCAACAGCCAACCAGAUGGACAGGUGUUCAGCAUGGACUUUCUUGGCCCGUCACAAUUCCCACCACCCUCUUGUUUCGAAGGAGUAGAUGUGUGUAUCAAAGAUAUCAGUCAGAGAAGUAUCCGGAUCAGAGAAGCCCGGCGUGUGACAGUGGGACACAUCGCCACAGGCAUCAGUGAUCAGAUUUCCGAGAGGGUUUUUACCUUGGAGACACACACAGGUCAACAGAUUGGUCAUGCUGAGGAGGUGCUGGAGUCUGGACUUGAGCUCUGCUGUGUCUCUGCACCUGACUUCAGUCCCACCUGGAGAUGGAGGGUCAAAGAUGGCGUUCUUGAGACCAGAUAAAGAACCAUUUGAAUGUGUCUGAAGUCCCUUACUUUUUCCCAAGCCUUAUAACCAUUGCCUUUUUAACUUCUGAAUGUUUUUUUUACCGUCGUCAUUUUUUUUACAUACUGAAUAAAUGUGGUUUAAACUA